AUGGCAUCCGCGGAUGAGCUUCACGACAGCUUGUAUGAGCCACUGCCGGGGGCAAGACACAUCCGGAUAUUGACUCUUGAGUCGGCGUCGACCCGCGCUGAUCCCAUCAUCUGCAGAAUCCAAUCGGAGAACUAUUAUAGUGCCGAAUACGCCGCACUGUCUUACAGCUGGGGCAUGAGCGAUGAUGGGGAUGCUACACUGAACAGAAGCAUUUUGAUGAACGGUCGGGUGAAGGCCGUCACCCAGAACCUCUUCGAAGGCUUAAGCCGAAUCCGCUCUCAUCAAGUCAAACCUCUGCGCCUUUGGAUCGAUGCCGUCUGCAUCAACCAAGCUGAUAUCGAUGAGCGCAACUCCCAAGUGGCUCAAAUGGCGGACAUUUACCGUAAUGCUGCAAUUGUCCUUGUAUGGCUUGGUGAAGGUCGCAGCGAGGCGGAAGACAGCAGCAUGCUCACUAUCAUGGAAAGACUCCUUGGCCACAAAUGGCGUGUGGAUCACCUGGCUUGCAUCAGCUGCAUAUCCCAUUGUCUGCUGGAUGUACAGAUGAGCGACUGUGGAUGCAGACGGCAAUCCACAAAGCAGGACUUACUGACAAAAGCAGACAAAUGUCAUGAGCUGGACAGAAUGUCGGAUCUUCGCCCAUGGCUAGAGGGAUACGUCAAUACCAGCGAGGCCAAUGCAAACGUUGCCACUCAGAGAUCGGCCGCAGUCAUUGCUUUCUACUCUCGCCGCUACUGGAGCAGACGAUGGGUCUUGCAAGAGCUGUACCAUGCCAAGACUACAAUCUGGUACUGGGGACCUUGCAAAUGCAAAUUCUACUUGAACUCCUGGAUACGACUCCUGGGACUGCUGGUGCGGAUACUGUCAAACCUCUUGGAUUUGCGGCCUGGCGACAAAGAAGUUACGCACAUUUCGAACGCAGCGAUCCAUUCUGCUGACGAUUUCAAACGCCGCGCGAAUUUGCUAAUGUGCUUGGCCAACAUUGCACAAGGACGGCUCAACGACCUGCCGGCCGUGAUGGCACUCUGCGUCUCUUUCGAAUGUGGCGAUGCUCGCGACAGACUCUUUGCUAUCGCAAGCAUGUGCAAAGGAGAGAUCCUACCUGACUAUCGAUUCUCUGUAGCGCAGACAUCCGUGUACUUCACCAGAAUUCUUCUUGAAAAUGGCGACUUCUACGUCUGGCAAGGCAAUCUCAACUCCACUCUACUCAGCCGUCAAGGUACUGAGGAUGAGCACUUGCCAUCAUGGGCGAUCGAUGUCCGAAAGACGUUUGUUCACUACAGCAACAGCGCUGGGUUCUCCAGCGGGAAGUCUCUGUCGGUAUUGGAUCUUACUGACAGCGUGCUCACAUGUUGCGUCAAUUGCUAUGGUGUCGUUAGGGGGAUAAAUUUGGAGGAAGGAAGCUUUACCUUGGCAUAUGAGCAAGACUUUCCGACGCGGUCGGCCGGGUCUGAUACCAGCUCACGUCCUACACAAUGGCAUUGCGACAGAUUUGGUUCCACCGAACUUCAGGAAUUGAAGCUAGGGGACAUUCUCCUCGCCCUUGUGGAUGACAGUGAAAAGUCAUACCUUACUGGAUUGUCAUUGUUUGUUCUUCGAGCAGUCCCGGCACCUGAGGUCACGUAUCGGAUCAUCUGCGUUCUUGAUGGAGACGACUAUGUUCUCGAAAACCAAGAAGGACAUUCCAUUGCAGACGGGAAAGUCUGCAAUUCCGGCGCAUAUCGGGAACUACAUGAUUUCCCGCUCGACCUGAAACCUUCUAUCGAGGAGGAGAUCAUUCGUCAUGGGCACGGUGGCAGCACUUCAAGCUAUGACCUUGAUGAGGUCGAGGGCGACAUGUAUUGGGAAGCUAGGAAGUCUAUGCAGUGGGCGCAUAACAACCAUCUCAUUCCGAUUGUUCGCAUGACAGUACGGAUAUGCUGA